AUGCUCCACGAGAUCCUCCUCUCCCUCUCCGGCCAACCCUCGCCCCUGUUCAAUACCCGCAAAGGGGAAGAAAACGAAAUCGAGGAUGACUUCCCCCUUCUCGCACCUCCGGAAAAAGCCCUCCUCGCCUCCGUUGGACAUUUGAGUCGACUCCAUGCGCAGCUCCGCAAACAAGCUACUGAGAUAUCUUCCACAAAUUCUUCCGUGAUAUGCCGUGCGGUUUCUUCAGCAAUAUUGGGAACACAGCUCGGUGAAUUUCAAAAGAAAAUUCUCGAGGUUGAACAGGCGAUCCUCGCCGAAGAUAGUGGAUAUGUUGGGGGCUACGGCAUUGUCCCAUUAUCGACCAUCGUGGGAGAAUUCGGACCUUGGACGCGGCGCAUGGAUUGGCUCUGGGGGGUAAUACAGUUCAUUGAACCGGAGCAAAGGAGAGAAGAACGCUCCCAAAACGCCUCGGGGGCAUCGCUCAUCGAUCAUUUACGGAUUGAAGCCCAAACAGGAUAUCUUGAUAUCAAAGAAAUGGCACUGAGCUUGGAAAAGGCUGCCGAAACCGCAUGGAUGAAACAACUCUCAAUGUGGCUACUCUAUGGGAACCUGCCAAUGUAUGGCAAAGAGGACUUCUUCAUCAAGGAAGACCUUGAUAAUACGGACGAGGAGACACAAUUCAGCAUGCAUCCCAGAUUGCUCCCAAAAUUCGUGACCUUGCAGACAGCAAGCUCCAUAUUAUUCAUAGGCAAGUCGCUCAAUCACAUACGGGCCAAGAGGAAAACCUCAAUCGCAGGGGCUUCCACUGCACCGGUGACUCUGUAUCAGGAGCACAUAAAGCAACUUGCGAGUCUACAGUCCCCAAUGUCGGCUUCGAAGCUGACUACGGCUGUUGACUGCAUUCGCCUCUCGCUUUCUCAAUCGACCCUGUCGAAAUUAUUGCCACUCCCCAAAAUUCUGGAAAUUCUUGCUUUGCUUCACAACUUCUUGCUGCUGAGACGAGGCGAGUUCGCAGUGGCUUUAGUGGUGCAUGCAGACUCAAGAGUCGAUGAAAGUCGACGCCGUGGCGCAACAACGGCCAGCGGGGCUUCUGGAAAGCUCGAAGGCCUUACCAUCAAAGAAGGAGACGUCACAGCCGCGUUGACUGAAACAUGGGCAGAGCUUACUUCUUUGCAAAAGGAAGAAGAUCCCACAGAUGAAGAGCUUGAACUUGCCCGAGAACUGAUCUGUCUCUCUGUUAGCAAUGGAAAAGUCGCGCGACCUAUGACCCCUGCUCAAAACCCCAAAUUUAUCUCAGAUAUCUCGAGCGUCUCGUUCGAAGACCUUCUUUUCCCAAUACCGACAUAUCUCACCGCCCAAAUCCGCGCUCCUCUGGAUCUAUUCAUAUCCAGCUCCGACAUUACUAUCUAUUCGAAAAUCUAUUCCUACCUAUUAGGGAUCAGGCGAGCUCAGAUUAGACUUGGCGAUCUUUGGAAACGCACUCCGCUGCGCAGAACCCACCCCACUCCUUGGGGGCCGCCAAAGAGCAAUAGUCCCUUUGGGCAAGCUAGAUUGAAAGCAAGCAGAGAGAGAGAGAACACUCGCAUUCGUCAAAUGCGUCCUGUCUGGGCCACAGGAAGCGCAUGUUUAUUUAUGCUCUCGGAGAUUGGCGGGUUUUUCCAAGGUGACGUCGUCAACGAGUCGUGGCAGCACCUUCAACAAUGGAUUGAAGGAUACUCUUCCGCGCCAUCUGCCCCUAGCUCUCGACCUGGAACAUCUUCAUCCUCAAAACUACAAAUGGGUUCAGCCACCAAAGACUCGUUCGAGGGUGGGCAAGAAACGAUGGGACGUCACGACCCAGAGGCCCUGACUGUCGCUCACCGUCGGCACUUGUCAUCCCUCAUUCAUUCCCUUCUUCUCAGCGAGAUUCCGUUUACCAAAACCCUCCGAGGCCUUCUCGCCAACGUUGAUCGUUUUGCUGCACUUGUGAUUCGACUGGAAACAAUUCAACGCAACAUGGAUCUCGAGGCAGACGAAGGUGUUGAGGAUGCUUUGGUAGACUACGCCUCGGAAGAACGUGAGGUGUGGGAAGAGCUAAGUAUCACUCGCAACGACGUCGACACUGGAAUCCAAAAUCUUGUCACGAGCCUCCGGGACAUUGACGAUAAUCGCUCAGGGGAUGACCGGAGACAAAUGGACUUUGCUCCAAACUUUGGUCAAAUGGGGUCAGGCGGCCGGAAUGAACACAACUCCCCGGGCUUCAAACACUAUGUGCCCCCCAAAUCGGUUGGAGUGGAUCGUUUGCUCAUGAAAUUGGACUUUGGCAGCCUCUGA